CAACGCUUUUAUUAAGAAUACUUUCCUGGCACACAGGAAAAAAUGCUAUAAGCAAAAUGGCUGCUGAUGCUCAUGAUAGGAAAAGAAAUACAGAAAAAAUGGAAGAAUCUGAAGGACUGCUUUGCAAGGGAACUUGCAGCUCAACGAAAAGUGAAAAGUGCAAAAAAAGGCGAAAAUACAUUUAUUUCGAUUUGUUGUUAUUUCUGCUUCCUUCCAUGAAUGAUCGACCUACAAGUAGUAACACUGCACCUAUAGAAAAUACGAACGACAAUGUCUAA